AUGGAUCUGGAGAGACUCUACAGAGAAGGCCAUACUUCCUUCAAGGUCAUCGUUGGUGAUUUUAACGCCAAGAGUGGCCCCAGAAGAACGGCUGAAGAGCUCCACAUCAAGACUCGAGGAAUGGAAUGGAAUGAGAGGCUAAGCCCUUUCAUUCCCGAUGGACAUGGGAGUCACGUGGUGGGCAGUUCCAUAUGAGAUAGAUCACAUCAACGUCAAUCGAAAGUUUUGCCUGACUGGCGCCGCUGCUGUUCCGAAGUUCUACAUGGGGAUUCGAAGCCCCAACACUGUUGUCAUUUUGGAUCGCUUCGCUUCUUUGGCGAGUUUGUGGGAAGAUCCCGUCAGUGACAACGACAACAUCGAUGAAGAAUACGACCGACUCGUCGAGCAUCUUCACGAUAGCACCGGGAAAGCUGAGAGAUUCGCUGCCGCUCUCGAGAACAUCAAGCAUCAUAUGGAAUGGGAAACGGCCGCUACUUACAUCAUCUCCGCUUUGCAGAUGACAUCGUGCUUAUAACACCCAACAUCGAGCAGGCGGAACAAAUACUGGCCGUGUUGGACGACGCUUCAGGGAAAGAUCGGAUUACGACUGAACCAAACGAAGACUUUGUUAAUGCGAAACGGAUUGAUACCUGA